CCGAUGGCGGCGGCCGCCCCGCUGGAGCCGGUGCGGGGAGCUCCGCCGGGCGGAGUAGGGUAGCGCUGGGCUGGCGGGCGCCCCGCGUCCCCCUGCGGGCCGGGGUGAGAGGAGGCCACAAUGCUGCUUCACCUGGUGGCCGAGUUUGACCUGCAGAGGGAUGUGGUCCCCUGGCUGGCGGCGCGGGGUUGGGCCGCCGCUCUAGAUACUUCUGAGAAUUCAUCAGCACUCUAUGUUGUAAAUGUUGAAAGAAAUGGGAAAAUUAUUUAUACCUGGAAGGGAAAUCAGAGAAAUACUCACAUUGGAUUGUAUGAUCUUCAAACUAAACAAAAUGAGCACCUCUAUGUGUUUGAGAGGGAUCUACGCAUAAUCAGUUGUUCAGUCAACAAUGAAAGGACAUUAUUGGCGGUCAGCUUCCGUCAGUAUACAGAAGAGAGAGUCAGUCAGCUAUUACAGUCAGUAUCCAAGUAUUUAACCUUGCUAAUUGAAAUUCAUCCCAUUAAUAAUCUGAGAGUCCUAAAAGCUGUGGAUAGCUGUGUUCAAGUACAGUUUCUUUAUCCAGUUGAAGGCAGAAAUACUUCUGCAGAAAGUCGCCUCUUGCUAGUCUCGGAAGAUAAAUAUAUCGAACAAUUUGAUAUUCAUGUUGUUGCAGAAGAAGAACACAAAGUGGUGAUUCAAAACUCAGGUCAGCUUCCAAGAGCCAGAGUUGCAGAUGAUCUCAUUUGGGCACAAUGGGAUAUGAUGGAACAAAGGCUCUUCUACAUUGUUCCAAAGGAAUCAAAGAGUACUUUAAAAUGUGUCCAGUUUUAUCCCGAUGAAAAUUUUAACUCAAUACUGGAAUCACACUUGGAUAUUCCUGUAAAUGAUACACAAUUUAAACUUGUAAAUUUUGGAUGCGAUUACUGUCAAGACCAAGAUGUUGCAUCUAAAUCUUUGAAUCUUCAGGUUUUUACAAGUAAAGCAGGAGGCUUGUGUGUGUGUUGUACUCUAGCCUGUGAUACUCCUGAUGAAAUAAUGUACUCCGUGUAUUUUUUACAUAAAGGUUACAACAAAACUUUUACAGUUUCUCUAGAAAGAACAGAAUCUCAUCAAUUGAAGGAAGUAGCUUUUAUGAAUCUUGACUAUUAUGUGGCUGCUUAUUUGCCUGGCCAGUUCCUGCACCUCUUGAAUAUUCAGCAUCCUGACCUGCUGUGCUAUAGUUUAUUUCUGACAGGUGAGGAUGCAAGAAUUGACAUGUUGCAAAACAUCUCCAUCCGAUCCCCACUUGUGUCAACGGUCUUGGAUUGCCGUGUAGGAAGCAUGUAUGCUGUGAGCAUCAGUGACAGUGCCUUACUACAGUUCCUACAGAACAGCAAACGAGACAGCGAAAGAUUGGCCGCUCUACAUUGUGCCCUGUUGUACUUCCGACACACAGAAGACUUGGAAAUGCAGAUUAUUUGGUGGAUUUCUGAGAACCUGUCAACAUGUCAUUCUUUUGAUCCCAUUCAAGAAUUUAUCAUUGCCUCCCUGUACUGCAGAAUGUGUCCAGAAACUCAAAACCUGGAUAAAAUUUUGCCCUACACUUCACUGCUUGACUGGAUUGGGACUAUCCCUGGAGUAACAUGUACAACAGACAUUAUUUCUUUACCUAUGUUAGUGUUCCAAAACUCCAGAGGCUUCUGGGAGAAACUCAACUCAAACUUGGAGAGUGUCAAGUAUGCAGAGCCACAGUUGCAUUACCGCAGUAAUGUGCUCAGGAGGGAGUGGCGUAACCUUUCGGAAGAGAGAGAGGACAGAACCACCACAGCGUAUUUGAGGAAUAUUUUUGAAAAUGCCAAAAAGGUGCUUUCUCAUCUGGAUGCUUGGGACUCUGAGGAAAGGCUAGUACCUCUCUUUCAAGAAGAGGAUUAUCAGCAGCAAUUACUAAUGGGACUGAUGGUUGCUCAGCUAAAGGAUCACCUUAUGAGACAUCUACAGUAUAUAGGAAAAAAGAAGAUUGACCAAAUAGUUUUGGAUUACGUUGCAAACCUGCUGAAUCUGGUACAUCGAAUAAUGAAAGAAGUUUGGAGGAGAUACCAGCUUCAUUCCUGCGUCUUCUGCUUUGACGAGAGAGGAAGUGCGGGAGAGUUUGCAGUGUUCCACAUCAUGAGUCGGAUUCUGGAAGCUGCAAAUGGCAUGUGUAUGCCUUUACCUCCUGGUUUUCACACUCUGCACUUGGGGCUUGGUGUUCGAUGUCUCCCUCUGCACACCCUCCUGCACUAUAUUGAUAACGGAGUCUUGCAUUUGACAGAAACAUGUGUCAGGAAAUUGCUGAAAGAUUUGGAUGACACUGAGAAGAAUGAAAAACUGAAGUUCAGUAUUGUCAUGAGGCUUCCCGAGGUUCUUGGUCAAAAGGUUCGUCAGUUUUGGAAUCACCCGAUAAAUGCUAAUUUCAUUGCACGGAAAUAUGUGAAACUUCUGCUUGAGAAGCUCGGGGACAGGCAGUGUAGCAGGCCUGUCCCUGAGAGACGCUCGGUCCCUGUAGAGUUUUUGCCGCUGAACUACCUGACUAAUGUGUUGGCAGAGAUAGAGGAUGAAGGUAUGAAUCCGUAUGAAAAACAAGACCAUGUUAACAUACGAUUUGUAGAGGAAACGGCACUCAAACACACUGUGACGCUUUUGGGCCUCGAACAUUCCUGAAAUAACAUGCUGUUGAAGACUGUCGAACUGUAGUGCUCAUAUAAAAGUAUACAAGUUUGCAAACACAUACUUUUUUUUAAACUUAAAUAUCAUGUUGUUUCCCAAAUAAUCUGCAGUUUUGGGUAGCCACCAUUACUGACAUAAGCCGCUGAAAAUAGUGUUUGGUCCAAUGUAUUAAGGCUGAAAUUCCCAACUCCUAGAAAAGUCCUGGAGGAAUACUUCUGACACAAACCCAGGUUUGAAACAGAUCUGUGGUUUUGUUUUGAAGUGGUCAAAUAAGUGGAACUAUAAUACAGGACGAGAAGGAAGUUCUUUGGAAAUGUAUCUUAACAGUGGCUUGGACAGAGUGUUACUUAAUUCUUUCCUUACAACUUGUAGUGUUACAGUUCAAACCUCAGCUUCAGGAAGAAAUUGCGGAGGUUGUUUUUCCUUUGUUUUCAACUUCUAUCGGUACAUAACUGAACCAGUGUUUUUGGGGGUUGGUUUUUUUUUAAGUUCUGAACUGUGACUUUAAAAUAGUAAUAGCAGUUUGCUAUGCAGAGAAGAUUUAAGUUCUGACACGUAGGAUAUCUGCAGUCUUUAUUGGUUUAAAACCAACUCUAUCAAAGUUUCAGGCUAUUAAAGUAGUGAAGCUCAUUGACAAUUUGACAGAUUUUGGAGGUUUUCAGUAACAACCUCUGAUGUUCUCCCUGAGUACUUUCCACCGAUGCUUUCUGUUCCUUACCAGUGAAAUGAAAAAUUCCAGUUCUCAGGAGUGGCUCGGCAAGUGCCUGGUCAUUUCCUUGUCCUUGCCAUCAGUGGAGCAAGACCGUUAGCUUUCUCAGGAACUGCACAGAGGGAGGGAAUCAUUUUCUCAGUGUAAUUAAAAUUUAUCUGGUAAGCAUGAACUCCAACCCCAGACUGUAGAAAGCUAUGUUGGCUUAUUUAUAUAACUGGUGGGGACUUUGUAUAAUAUUAAUAACAAGAGAAGAUUUCUUUUUAAUUAUAUGUAUUAUAAAAUACAAUCAGAUGCAAUAAAACUUCACCUGGAAAAAAAAUAUAAGUGUAGUAUGUAGU